AUGAUACCAUGGACUGCCUUUGGGACGACCGACUGUGAUCCUGACUGGCGUAUUGAGUUGAAUGAACACAAUCUUUUCCACUAUGUUGAACGCGGUCCAACCCAGUUGACUCGUGGUCUGGACUCAAGCAUGCUUGAGCAAGCCUCGGAACGCCAGUUUGCCAUCUCUCAACUCGGCCUGGUCAGCGCCGGCUUUGAGGUCCAACAUACGGAGCGCAUCAAAUUGACACUGCAAUACCUCCACAACCACUUCACCAAUCAUCAACCCGAACCCUCACCGCAACGUCCAACCUCGCCAUAUAGGGAGUAUUUGCCCGAUUUCAGCUUGUCCAAUUUCUCUACGCCAUUGGACCCACUCCCACCAUUCAACUCUGAGCCAGCAACCAUCACUCACAUAUCACCCCCUCCAACAAGCCCAACACCCAAGAUAGAUACAUCUUCAAGGUCGCCUUUGGCUCUUGUGAAUCUGAUGAAUCCAGAACCUGCCAAGUCCAGGCCUGGCAAGCGCAAGUUCUCGGGCACGCACAGCCCAUCUCUGAUGGAUCCCGACUCACCGGAAAACCUCUUCGACGAUGAAAACGAGAUGCUUUAUUGCAGUACUUUGGAUUAUGUCCGAGCAUCCAAGUCUCAACUUGAGCAAAUGACGAGGACUCACAGAGAAGCCCGAAUGAGACGACCCUCUCCGUUGAGAAAACCCUUGGUCCAUCGCCGAGCAAGAAAUGCGUACGAGACGGAACAAGCUGAGACCGAGGCACACCUACUCCUAAGCUUUUCACAGUAUCGCGCAAGAGUUGGAAGCUGA